GUUUUAUUGUCCCUCUCAUAAACGUAAGAAGAUCCAAAGAUGAGUGAAGAAACAUAUGAAGAAACCAUGGAAUCAAAUGAGUCUCCUCGUCCUGCUCCAAAACUCAACGAGAGGAUUCUCUCAACUCUCUCCAAGAGAUCUGUAGCUGCACAUCCAUGGCAUGACCUUGAGAUCGGUCCUGAGGCUCCAUUGGUUUUCAAUGUGGUGGUUGAGAUCACAAAGGGAAGCAAAGUGAAAUAUGAACUUGACAAGAAGACCGGUCUUAUCAAGGUUGACCGAAUCUUGUACUCAUCGGUUGUGUAUCCUCACAACUACGGAUUCAUCCCAAGGACAUUGUGUGAAGACAAUGAUCCUCUUGAUGUUCUUGUCCUCAUGCAGGAACCAGUGCUCCCAGGAUGUUUUCUCCGUGCUAGAGCCAUUGGAUUAAUGCCCAUGAUUGAUCAGGGAGAGAUGGAUGACAAGAUCAUUGCCGUUUGUGCUGACGAUCCAGAGUACAAACAUUUCACUGACAUCAAACAACUCGCUCCUCAUCGCCUCUCAGAGAUCCGCCGUUUCUUCGAAGACUACAAGAAGAACGAGCACAAAGAGGUGGCUGUAAACGAUUUCUUGCCACCGGCGAAGGCACAUGAAGCAAUCCAGUACUCCAUGGACCUCUACGCUGAGUACAUUCUCCAUAGCUUGAGGAGAUGAACGUAUCAACAACACAUUUAUAUACCCAUGCGGCGGAAGAGAUGAUUCUUCGCAGCCCAAUAUUGUUUUAAUAAUUGUUAUUUUCUUGUGAUGUUACGGUUUUGUUGAAUUUUUGUAAUUUGAAACUCUCAUGCUGAGACAAAUGUAUUUUUUUUCUUUCUUUCUUUUUUCCUUGUUGCUUACUGAAAAACUCAUGUUAACUUGUAUACUAGUGGGCUUUAUAAGCUCAUAUGGCCCAAAUAAAUUGUC